AUGGCGAAAAAUGCAGUUGCGCUCUCCACUCUCAAGGACUGUCUUCAGUUCCUGGAGUGGUUGCGUAAUAGCAGUCAGGGAAAAACUAUGAAAGGCUUGGUGGCCCAUCGAUUGGAAAGGCUUCUCAAAGAAAAGUAUAAAGGUGUUAAUCAAAAUGAUAUCGAAUCCGCACUGUCCACUUUCCUCACUAACGUACACACAUUUCACACUAAAAUAUGCAAAUCUGCAAACCAGAGCAAUAAUAAUCCAGCAACUGCCAAAACAGCUCUCAACGCUCUGUUAGAGUGUGUUCCAAAGCUGCUCUCCGUGAUAUACUUUUUGAAGUACCAGGUGGAUGAAGGUUUCAAAGCACUGGGCGGAGGGGAGUGGGCGAGUGAAAUGGUUGGAUGGGUUGCACUGUUCGCACAAAUGGGUCAACGCGCUAGAACUAUGGCCCGCAAUAUCGACAAGUACCUUAUAUCCCAAUCCGGCAGUGAGUACGGCAUAAUGCCUGGAGGCUUCGCUCCAAAUGAGCUGAAAAGUGGUCAUCUGAGUGGUUACUCCCCGGCUUCUGCCAUGGUCAAAGACCUUCAAAGUAUCAUGGAAAAGCAUGCCGGUCGAAAUGUGCAAAACUAUUUCCUCGACGUGUAUUCUACAUCUGUCAUUCCGCCAACAUCCGGCGCCGAGACUCCGAACGUCGCCAACGCUCUUCGGUUGGUGCAAGAUUUUUGUAGGAUAUUUGGAGGCUUAAAGAGCGUUGAAGAAUUAAGAAGCCAUUUAUACACGAAAGAUAGAUGCAUAAAUUUGGACGAAUUAAAAAAACACUGUGCCACACUUAAUAAGUCUCUCGGCCAAAUCUUCACCAAGAACCAUUUUUCUUUCACAGGCUAUGCAAGAGAGGAUAGAUUCCUUAACGACCAAAACAUCGCCAAGAAGAUGGCCAGUUGGCUCAAGAAGAAUUUACGUGAGGUGAGAAAGAAGCUGGAGAACAUCGAAGCUUUUAGCACUAACAAGCUUAAGAUCAAUAUCAAUCAGCUAAAGAGAGGUGCCAAGCUGCGAACGGAACAGUCCAAAGCCCUUCAUGCUUAUUUCACCAACAACUUUAUUCCCCACGGAUUCACAUUUUAUGCCAAGCAAUUUACCACCAAGGAGGCUCCGUAUGAACUGUUGGAAAAAAAAUGGAGUGCUGCAAUCGUGAUUCUUAAUAAACCAGAUGACGGUUUGGAGAAGUUGAAAAAGAUUCUGGAUGGUGAAAGUUGUCCAAAUAUAAAACCAGAAGAAGAUGAAGAGCUUCUGGAGGAGCCUGAGGAUAUAGAGUUAAAGGAGGAUGGGACCGAAGUCCAGAUUCCUGUUAUUAAAAAGCCGGUGCCCCCGCCUGUCAAGGAUCCUGGACCCGAGGCGGCGAAGCCGACUGCCGAUAGAAGUGAGGCAACUAAAACAGAGCCUUCGCCUCAAGAAAAACCUCCGCCCUCAGUUCCCAAGAAAGUGGAGGUCACGCCUGCCAAGGUCCCCGAAGCCCCCAAGGAAGUUGUGCCGGAGAAGAAAGUUCCGGUCAUGCCACCUAAAAAGCCUGUGGAUGCAGGCCCAAAUGACGGUCAAAGUGCACAAGAUCCUCCAACACCACAAGUCACAGACUCUGUCUUACCUCAGUCUCCCGGUUCUGAAGGAGAUCCAGGCCCGCAAGGGCCUACUGGUGGUAAAGGUGAUCGAGGCCCGCAAGGGCAUGCUAGUACAGGGACCACGGCGUCUUCUCAAUCCCCGGACUCAUCAAGCAAUCAAGUUGUACAACCACAGCAACAUCUCAACCCCCCGCCUGCGACUCCCCUUCUACCAACUCCCCCCAGUACUGCUGCAGCCCCUGAUCCCCCUGGUCAGCCAAGUGCUAAGGGCCACGAUCCGGGUUCACAUGGCGGUGUUACUCCAGGUUUACAGCCUGGAAUCCCUCCAGCCCCUGCGCUCACUCAGCCUCCGAGUGUUUCAGGGUCAGGCGCUGGGACAACUGGUGACAAGGGGCCUGGUACACCAGGUGGUGGAGGGGCUGGUCAAGGCGGUGGUAAAGAUGUUGGUCAAGAUGUAAGCAGCGUCGGUACCACGCCGGUUGUCCCGGCGACUGGUGGAGGUGUAGGUGGGGGUGUAGGUGGGAGUAAUGGUGAGGAUCCGCAAGGGCCUGGGAAGGGGUCUCCGCCAGCUGCGGUUCCGCCUCCGCCGCCUCCACCUCCACCACUUCCAGAGUGUACUCUGGCUACACUUCUGAAUCCUAAGUCGCGCAACGGCCGAUUCUGUGAAGUAAAAUCUCAGAGACCUAAGCCUAUUACCUCACUUCCUUCAUCUCUGUCUAAUGAAAAGAUUGAAAAGAUGUGGAAAGAUGCACAGGAGGAAAGAAUACUAAAAGCAUUUCCACCAAAAUAUCCUCAAGACAUUCAAACCCAGGGUAUUUCAACACCUCGAAAUGGGAAUGUUCGUGAUCAUGCUGCGCAUUCCCCUCAACCUGUAGGUCACGUUCCUGGCGCAGGGCUUCCGACACCCUCAGAUGUCGAUGGAUCCCCGGCUGCGCAUGAUAUGUAUGGGAGCGAAUGGCCAUGGUGGUAUUAUAAUUUGCCAGAUGUCCCUGCGGAUGGCGGUCCUGUGGAUGAGCCUCCGAACCCUGAGGAGAAGAAGAUGGAGGAUGCUUAUUAUAAAAAAAUACAUGAUGACAUAUCCGCUGGGAUAAAUAAAAAAGCCUCCAUGGCAGAAAUGCAAGCUGAAGAGAAAAAGCUGAUCGAAAAGGACAAGAAAUAUGCGGAAAACAAAUUAAACUCGGAAGUAAGAGCUCAAGAAAUCAUCAAACGUAUUGAAGAACGGAAUGCGAAACAGAAUGAGAUCGCCAAGAAUCAUGAUAAAGACUUCGAAAAAACCACAGAAGAAAUCUGGGAGACCAAGCUGCAGCAGAACGUGGAACAUAUAUUAAAUGAUGCACACGAAGAUACCCAAAAAAGAUUACAACAUAAAAAGGGAGCGCAACAAAAGAACUUGGAGCCGCAAAAAAUUCAGGAGCCACCAACGUCUCCUCCCAAUCCCCCACCUCAGCUCAGCCGUUCCGCUCCCGGAGCAUCACAUCAGCCCAUUGGUGGACUUCACGGCCUUGUGAAGCAGUACUAUGACCCAGGAGAGGGGCGGCCCAGGCAGCGGAAUAUGGACGUUCAACAGGAUAUUCCUAAUAAUCUUAUAGGUUAUGCAGACGGCGUAGCUGUGAAAGACAAUACCGAGGUUAAGUUGCAAAAGCUGAGAGACCGUUUCGAUGUCUUUCACAACGCCUACAACAACGCACGUCUUUUGCAAGCACAACAAGAGAAAGAAGAAGAGGAUCAGCUGGAAAAAGAAUUUGAACAAAAGCAAAGAGAAGCAGACGAGAAAUGGAAGAAGGAGCAAAACGAAGGAAAGCGCGCGAAAAAGUAUGAUGACGAUGUAGACAGAAUCGAAAAAGUAUUGGAACAAGGCAAAAUACAGUUGGCGCAGAAAAAACUAGAAGAGCAAAGAAGGAAGGAGGCCCAGCGUAAAUACCAGGAAGCACUGAAAGAAUAUAAACGCGAAUUGCAGCAGCAAAGUAUUGCUUUGGCACACUCCUUUGACGGAACUCCUAUAGAGGAACCGCGUGAUGCACUACAAUUUCCGUAUGACUAUGGAAUGCAUCCAAUUGUCGGCGGUAACACUAUACCGUACAAAUUCCAAGCUAAUGAUCAUGCCAUGGAGGCAUCUAGAUUACAUGACGCGUUGUUAAAGAAACGUAAGGAGCUCGACGAAAAGCAAAAGGCUCUGGACGAGGAACUCAAAAAAGCGCUAGAAGAGGGAGAAGAGAAGAGAAAGCAAGCGGAGGAACAAUAUGCGCAACAACAAAUAAUGGGACGAAAUAGUUUGAACGAGGACCAUCUAAAUGUGUUUGCCAGCAUUGCAGUUGCCGCGCCUCCGGCUGCUCUUUCUCAACCUGUAAUGCCUGAACUUGGGGGGAAUCAGGUCAUGCAUCCGACUAGAAAAACAUUGCCUUCUCUCCCACCGCCUGUGCCUGAAAGAGCAUUCAAGCCUAUCCCCAGGGUGGUGUUGGAUGCUUAUCCAUCCUCUGUAGUGCCCGUAUUGAAGCCUAAACCCCUUCCCACAUCACCCGUGAAAACGCCGGAUCCCAAAGUUGUUUCGGCCGAUUUGGAUCCUGCACAACCCCCUCCCAUUGGAUUGGAUGUAUGGAAGCGGAACAAACUCCGAGGCCUUCGCACCCCAACUCCCUAUAUUGACAUACACGUCCCCAAACUGACAUUGACAGACAACGAUAUUGACUUUAAUUUGGAUGUUGAUGACGACCCUCCACCUCCGACGGCCGCCGAGCCACUUGACCCAAUAGGACCAUUCACACCCGCCGACGUCGCACUCAAUUUCCCGCCAAUCGAGUCUUUGCCGAAACUCCCGGAUAGUGUUCCGGCCAAGUAUAUUCACACUCCUGAUGCAGUAGAAAUGUGCGUCGCUCCUUGGCUCACUCAGAAACCUACGCAUGACCCUACCGAUAUUCCCGAGACGGAGUUGUUCCCCUCCGAGGCGCCGCGCACUGUACGGGAUAUGCUUGUUUGGCUGGCGGGACUGCAGCACCCGAAACACCAAGAAACUCUGAAAGAGUGUAUUAACAACGCUUUCAAGCGCGGCGAUCAUGACCCUUCAGAUCUCCUAAUCUCAGUCAACAAUUCCAACAUCACCGCCAAAGAUGUCAUCGACACCAUCCACCUUGCCGCCGUGUUCGCAGCCUCGGUGCUCACCUCCAUUGAACCUAACUGGAGAGUGGCAGUGUCGUCUGUAACUUCAACGCGUAAGGACUCGGACCAAUCCAAGGACCCUGAUUGCUGCGCCCUCCUCUGCCAUCUGCGCGACUACGCCUACGCUUCUCACCACCAGUUGACUUUCUUAAAGUCGCAGUGUUCUCGGGAUAAACUCAAUGGUGGCUGGCAGGAUUGUCAAUAUGGCCAAGAUGCCAAGACUCCGUCCCCCCUCCAGGCCUUCCUGACCGACGCCUUGGAGUCCAAGUUCAAGACGCAUCUCUUCGACCCGUGCGGCAUAUGCCUCAAGAGCCGUGUCAAGAUGGGAUUCACAAAGGACGAUUUGCCUGCGUCUCAGCAAACUGGCAAACAUCUCCACACCAUCCUCACUCCCAGUUGCGGAGGUGAGGAUCCCUUGCUGACAUUGUCCUCUUAUCUCAACUGCCUCACCAGGCGGACGCCGCGCACUACCGGGGAGCUUGUUUCCUUCUUUCACAAUUUCGGAGAAGUGCUGCACAAAGGUGAUACUAAGGUUAUGUCCUCACUGGGAAUUUCCAUUUCCACGCAACAUGACAAGUGUCCCGAGUGGGAUCGUCUUGAUCCCAAAGACCUACAAACCAUUAAGAAGUUCAGGGGUGCGGACGCUUGUGAACAUGACAAUGAUCAUCCCAACACUCUAUCAACAUUGCUCGGUUGUGGCAAAAAGCAUGAUUCUUGUGUAGGACACUUCACGCCCAUCACCCACCAGGCCUACGGCCUCUACUCCCCGAGUUUCGCCUACACCUACUUUAUCUGGACGGUGUAUCUCGCAGACAAAUUACAUGAUUCACUCGAGAGACUCUACAUGGAUUUCGAGAAUCACGUUACCAAGUGCGAAUCUCUCGAUAACUGCGCCGACGCCAUGCCCCUCCUCUACUAUCGCGGAUUCACGCCACCGGAGGGUAUAGGGCAGUCGUCGCUCAAGUGUUCGGAUGUCAUCUCCAAGCUGCAAGUGGUGCUAUCCGGACAACCUAUCGCAAGUCUCAUUACCGCCAUGGACACAUUCCUCUACAGAGUCCGUGCGCCAUUCCUCUUCACCAUCAUCGCACUCUGGCUCACCGCCACGCUCUACAUCGCCCACUCACUCCUCUACCGCAUGGACGUGCUGCGCAUACGAUCUCACCUCCUCACCACCACGGCCUCCCACCUCAUCGAUGUCAAGGCGCUCCUCACUCACGGAAGGAAGCUGCUGUCACUCUACAACGACGUGGAUUACUUCGACGAUGACCCUGUUGAUAAACUCGACAUCACGUAA